ACUCGUCAGAGUACAAAAGCCCUCGCGGUCAGCUCGGCCAUCCAGGGUUCACGCUCCGCCCUCAAGUCUCCUGGUUACAGGAAGUGGGGGUCAUCAGACAAUGUUAAAACAACCCCAAACCAAAGCCCCUCUCAAUCACCAAGUAUAAGGAGGAAAGGCUCACUAAGUAAUUCACAAUCAGGUUCUGUUGAGAACAUGCAGGUCCAGGAUGGUGAAGCUGUGCUUAUGCCUCCUCCAAGAACCAGAAAAAUUAAAAAGAAUAAAAAAGGAAGUGAGAGUGAUCCGAAUAUACAUCGUUCAGAGUCAGACCCUGAUGUCUACAACCACCCUGAGCAAAGCCCUGCAAGGCCUAUAUCUGAAGGUGUAUUCUACUGAGAGAGGUCACUUCCCAGAAUGCACCAGUGCCAGUGAAUUGCAGUGCUCAUCCUAAGGAAUAUUUUAGUAAAGGAGACUGUUACCCAUGAUCCUUCAGCAGGGAUUGACCGACUCCAAUGAUGAAAUGAUUAGUACUAGGAAGGACACACCCUGAUACUAUAGAAAAGAACUUGGGAUUAACAUACUAGUACAUUCAUCUUUGUAAAGAAUGUAUUGGAAAAUUAGGAAACAUUUUAGUAUCUCUGAGCGAAUGUGAGAUAACAGUGAAACAAGAAAUGUUGUUCCCGUCAAUGAAAAAUGUUGGAAAA